AUGACGACAGGCAGCUGCUUCUGCGGAAACAUCCAAGUUGAGUUUAGCGGCGAGCCUAUGAUAGUCGCCAUAUGUCACUGCCACGACUGUCGCAAAAUCACCGGCACUCUGUAUUCCUACAAUUUUGUGUUCAAAAGUGAUAGCUUCAAAAUAUCAGGGAGACCCAAAGAGCUACCGAAGACAUGCGACAGCGGAGGUCGGAUCAUGAACCACUUCUGUGGGGACUGUGGUACGCCCCUUUACGGACACAAAGUAAACGCCGAUGGAAGUGCGGGUGAACUCAAGAUCGUGCGUGCUGGUAUCUUCGAUGAUGAGACAGUGAAUAAGUAUAAGCCAGGACAUGAAGUAUACACCGGAAGACGGACACUAAAUGGCUCUACAUAUUUGCUAUUUAGUUCAACUGCUUCAUGGUCGGGUCUUAAAGUAACGUCACAACUGUAUUGGGCUUCCGGGCGGAAAGUGGAGCCGGGAUCUGGCUACUGGGUGUCAAAGCCCAUGAGUCUCGAGGCGCAUGUAACUCAAGGACCUUGGUGGACAGAUCGAGGUUGA